AUGUCUACUCAAUCGCGGUCGCAGAUUGUGCAGUCUAACCCAUUAGGUAACGGCUUUCGCAAUACUUUCAAAUCUAUAUGCAAAGACAUUGGCGUCUCCAACUCCUCGCAAGCGCUUGGCCAGCUGGGCCAUGAAGAAACCCAGGAUUUGUUAGUCCGUCUUCUCUCUGCUUUGCGAGGCCUCACAGCCGCUCGAAUUCUGCAGUUCCAAAAUGGAGGCAAGAACCUCUUCUAUGGCCUCUUGAGGCUCAAUGCACGGGUCAGCUCUGAUAGUUUCGACAACGGACGGAUACGACCUCUGCUCGAUGCAAUCAUCAACAACCAGCCUAAUGAGAUUGUUUGGGAUAGGGUAUACGAAGCCAUCACCGAAUCCACACCACCGCCCCGCCCUUUCUUGUCCUUUCAACAAACACCGCUGUGGAUUAAUGCGGGCAGUUUCGCAAACUCGGCCGAGCACCGCAAACACGUCGACGAUGUGCUGAAGGAGGAGUUAGGAAACAUGUACGUUGGCGUACCCGACUUCUUCGAUGCCUUCGGAGAUGUGCGAGAACUGGGAACAGCGGCACAGGUUGUAUUGGACAAGUGCAAGGAAGGAGACAGCCCGCUCUACUGUGUGGAGAGCGGCUGGCAGGGCUGGCCUGAAAGGGCGAAGGAAAAGGAUGUCUUGAGCUGGUUUGCACUGCUUGUAGAUCAGCUUCUGGACAUUGCGGAUAAGCACUUGUCAACAUCCCGGAGUUCACGGCCGCUGGCACAGCCCCAUCGACCUUUGCAAGGCUCUUCGGCCGAUCGUAAGCUGGACGUUGGCUUUGUGGACGACCCGAACGCUGGCGGAGGUGCUCGCCGCUUCGUUCUUGGCUUCACACUCUGCGGACCCUUUAUGCGGCUGUGGGAUUUCGACCGACUUGGGGGCAUCGCCUCUGAGCAGUUCGACAUCAACGAGGAUGGACUGCAGUUUCUGUCUGCAGUGUUUGGGUUUCUGUGGAUGAACGAGGCGCAGCUGGGGUUCGAUCCGACCAUCAUCACAAUCGGAGACCAGCGGUACAUUGAGAUUGAACGUGAGAAUGGGAAAGAGCGCCUCGUCAUUGACGAGGUCAUAAAAAGGGUGCCCUGCGGUGUGAAAAACGUCGCGAGGUACUUCCACCACGAGACGGUCCAUGUACACGGUCGAGACGACGUCAUCUGCGCAAAUGUACGGAAUGGGCUGGACAUAACGAAGGCAAUGAACUACAUGCCAAAGAGGCAGAUGCCGCCGCCAAAUAACACUGGACGUUGGAGAAACGGGGGCAGCAACGUAGCCGGAAGGAAGCGAUCUUCGAGCUCCACGAACGCCCCGUUGCCACCCAGCAAGCGCCCUUGCUCUAGCUCUCCCACAAAACCUGUGAUUUUGAAUAGGAUCCACCGCCGUGUGAUCGUCCGCGACUACGGGAAGGCCAUCUACAAAGCAAGCUCCCCAGCCAGUCUGCUUGCUGCAUUCGAGCAAUGCAUUGACGGAUAUGAGUCAUUACGCACACGAGGUGGCAUAUCACCAAACAGCCUUAUGGUGAACGAGGAUGCCGAGAACCCGUCCUGGCCGGCGUUCUUGGUCGAUCUCGACCUUGCGAUCGACGAACAGCGGGAGAUGUCUUCCGGGGCGCGUGGGAAGACCGGCACGCGAGCGUUCAUAGCAAUUAGAUGGAAAACUAGCGGAGCUCAAAAAGGCCUAAUUUCUGACGAGAGGGAUUUUCUGAAGACUGUUAAGGCUAAAUUCACAACUUGCUACAAACCGCUCGCUCCUUACGUCAAUAGAUUAAGGAGGAAAGUAUUUCCUGAUGGUGGGAGAUGGAGGGAUUCAAAUUCAAAGCUGUACUUAGAGAUGAAGGAGAUACUUCGGGCAGCACGGGAUGACUUGAAGGAGUUAGAGGGAUAAGGAGAUAUAUCAUUCGGUAUG